AUGUUGUCCAACACAUCUGAAGUUUCAUUGAUCUUGAUCAUGAAACCUCUGGACAUACCAACAUCGAGUAUCUACCCUUCAUUCUUCCUUGGAAUGCUUGCGUAUUGCCUGAUUCUAGUCUUCAACCUAACGAUCCUCCUCACCAUCGUCCUCAACAAGCAGCUGCACAAGCCCAUGUACCUUUUGCUCAUGAACUUGUCCAUUAAUGAUAUGACAGGUGCCACUGCUUUCUACCCUCAGCUGAUCUCCAGCAUCCUGUCACAGGACCGGUCCAUCUCCAAACCAGCCUGUAUUCUUCAGGCAGUGAUGGUGCACAUGUACGGGGGUGGCUCCCUGCUCACCCUGACAGCUAUGGCAUACGACAGGUACGUUGCUAUCUGUAGCCCUCUGAGAUACAAUGCGAUCAUGUCCCCUGGACAUUUGGCGAGGAUCAUUGCCACCGUGUGGUUUGUUGACAUGACUGUGAUGGGAGUCCUGUUCUCCCUGCUUGGACGCUUCCCCUUCUGCCAUUCCAUUCUCCCUGACAUUGUCUGCACCAACUCUGCACUCACCAAGCUCAUGUGUGAGGACACCACUGUCAAUAACUACUACGGGAUCUUUCUCACCAUUUUUUUACAGAGCAUAGCCUUAAUCACAGUGAUCUUUACCUACAAACAGAUCUUGCUCUGUUGUCUAAGGAACAGACAAUCCGACACAAAGAAAAAAGCUGCUUGGACAUGCGCAACUCAUCUGGCUGUCUUUGUUCUGUUCGAACUUACCACUCUGUUUACGGUGAUCUCAUACCGGUUCAGUGCUGUGUCCCCUGUUCUGCAGAGAGCCAUUGGAAUCUCAGCUAUAGUCUUUCCUCCGCUACUUAACCCUCUGAUAUAUGGCCUCAAUACUAAAGAAAUCAGAACCAAAGUCAUUCACUUCUUCAACAAAACUGCUUUUUCUUUUUUUAAACAAUGUAGUCUUAGGCGGAAGAUAUUUCAUAAGUAA